AUGUCCCUCCUUAACAAAAUGUCUACAGCAGAUUUGAUGGAAAAUCUCAGAGAGGAACUGACCUGUUUCAUCUGCUUGGAUUAUUUCACCAGCCCAGUGACCACUGAGUGUGGGCAUAGCUUCUGUCUGGUGUGUCUUCUCAGGAGCUGGGAGGAACACAACACCCCCUUAUCGUGUCCUGAGUGCUGGAGGACCUUGGAAAUCCCUCAUUUCCAGCCCAAUGAGCGUUUGGGGAGGCUGGCUGGCAUCGGCAAGCAACUCAGGUCUCAGGUGAUGCAGAAUGAGGAUGAGCAAGGCAGCUAUGGGAGAAUGCUGGCAGCCACUAAGGUGUUCUCUGAGGAUGGGCAGAGUGUGGAUUCUUCCUCAACCCAAAGUCAUGGAAUUAGCAGAGGGCAUCUCUCAAGCGAGGCUGAAGAGUACCACAGAGAAAAACUCCAGGAGAUCCUAAAUAUGUUGUGGAAAAGGAAAAAGGAAGCUCAGGCUAUUUUAACACACGAGAAGGAGAGAGUGGUGCUGUGUAAGGAAGAGACAAAGAAUUGUAAACAAGUUGUUGUGUCCGAAUACAUGAAAAUGCAUCAGUUUCUCAAAGAGGAGGAGCAGCUUCAACUGCAGCUCUUAGACACGGAGGAAAGAGGGAACUUGAAGAAGCUGAGGAACAAUGAGAUCCACCUGACCCAGCAGAUCAGGAGCUUAAGCAAAAUGAUUGGCCAGCUCGAGUCCAAGUAUCAGAAUUCAAAUAUGGAAUCAUUUGAGGAAGUGAAAGACGCUCUGGAAAGGAGUGAGUCACUCUUGCUUCAGUGCCCAGAGGCGACCACCACGGAACUGAGUCUGUGCCGCAUCACCGGAAUGAGGGAGAUGCUAAGGAAAUUCAGCACGGAUAUCACUCUGGAUCCCGACACGGCCAAUGCCUAUCUUGUCCUGUCUGAUGAUCUGAAGAGUGUGAGACACGGAGGAUUCAGACAGCAGUUACCUGACAACCCAGAAAGAUUUGACCAAUCUGCAACUGUUUUGGGUGCUCAGAUGUUCAUCUGUGGGAGACACUAUUGGGAGGUGGAAGUAGGAAACAAGACAGAGUGGGAAGUGGGCAUCUGCAAGGACUCAGUGAGCAGAAAGGGGAACCUCCCAAAGCCCCCUGGUGACCUCUUCUCACUUAUCGGUUUAAAGAUUGGAGAUGAUUAUAGUCUUUGGGUCUCGUCACCUUUAAAAGGUCAACAUGUCAGGGAGCCUGUGCUUAAGGUUGGUGUUUUCUUAGACUAUGAAUCUGGACAUAUAGCUUUCUACAAUGUGACAGACGAGUCCCUCAUCUACAGCUUCCCGCCAGCCUCUUUCCAAGGAGCUCUCAGACCGAUCUUUUCACCUUGCCUCCCAAAUGAAGGGACCAACACAGGUCCUCUUACCAUCUGUGCACUGGAUAGCCAUGCCUGA